AUACCGAGCUGUGAUUGGACGGGAGCACGAUGGGUCUGCACAGCGUCGAGGAGCUGGUGACUGGUAAGAGGUCAGAGGGCAAAGAGUCGGCCGACUUCCAGGGGGGCGUGUACGAGGCAGCUGUCAAUCAAGAGAAGCGAGAUGACCUCGGGUCCCACGGCGACAGCGGAGGAGAACAGGAAGUGAGCGUGGCGGCGCUCAAUACGGACAGGAGCGGCCGCCUGAAGCUGGAGACCGUGGACGACCUGUUCAACAUCCUGCAGCUGAGGAAGAGGAGGAGAGAGAGGAAGAGUCCCGUCCACAAGAAGCAGCAGCCGGAGCCUGAGACUGUGCCGGAGACGGUGGACGAGCAGAUGUUUCUGACGGCAGCGAUGGAGAACAAGCUUCCUGUGGUGGAGAAGUUCCUCAGUGACGGAGGAAACGCCAACGUGUGCGACCACUUCCAGAGAACAGCUCUGCACAAAGCUGCGUUCAGAGGGAACAUGGAGGUGAUGAAGAGCCUCCUGGAGGCCGGAGCUGCCAUCGAGAAGAAGGACAAGCUGGAGGCCACAGCGCUCCACUGGGCCUGCAGAGGAGGAAGUCUGCCGGCCCUUCAGCUCCUCCUGGACCAGGGGGCAAAGGUCACGUCCAGAGACAAGCUGCAGAGCACUCCUCUCCAUGUGGCUGUGAGGACGGGACACAGUGAAUGUGCAGAACAUCUCGUUCACUGUGGAGCCGACGUCAACGCUAAAGACAGAGACGGAGACACGCCCAUGCACGACGCUGUGAGGAUCAACAGAUUCAAGAUGAUCAAGCUGCUGAUGAUGUACGGAGCCAGGCUCAACACCAAGAACAGCGACGGGAAAACCCCGCUGGAGACGCUGUCCUCCUGGCAGAACGGAGCCAAGAGUCUCCUGUGUAACUGUGACCAGGAGAAACUCAGCAGAAUCUCCCGCUGA